AUGGUUAAUCCUGGCACCCAGCUGUGGGCCCUGAGCCCUGUGACAGCCACUUGUAGCUGGGCUUCCCUCAGUGUGCCAGGCUCAGUGCCAGGAUCACAGAUGGGGAGAAGUGGGGAGCUGGCGGGGCAGCAGAGGAAGCUCUCUCGGGUGAGCAGGGAUGUACCUGUGUUUCAGGAUUCGCUGACCUUUGAGGAUGUGGCUGUGGAAUUCACCCAGGAGGAGUGGGGGCACCUGGACUCUGCACAGAGGAACCUGUUCAGGGAUGUGAUGCUGGAGAACUAUAGGAACCUUGUCUCCCUGGGGUUGACAGUGGCCAAAUCAGAUCUCCUCUUCCUUUUGGAGAGAGGAGAAACGCCGUGGGCUCUGCAGAGGCAAGUGCCAGGAGGCAGCGCUUCAGAUUGUCCUUCUUGGGAGCCUAAGUAUGAAGCCACUGAGGAAAUCCCAGUAUGGGGUAUUUCUAUGGGAGAGUCAUCCAAGAAAAGACUCAAAAAGUCUUGGAAUUCCAAAUUGGGAGAAACUUUGGAAUGUGGUGUUGGAUCAAAGCAACAGGACAGCCACCGAAACCUCUCCAAGCAGAUGAUAAUCACGGAGAGAAAAACUACUUUAAAAGCCAGCGAAUGUGAUAUAUUUAGAAAAGGUUUUGGUGUGGAGACGGUUCUGAUUACACAAAAGAGAAUUCGCACGGGAAAAUGUUCAAGUAAAUGUGAUACACAUGAAACAAACCUCAACUCUAAUGGAAUCUUCUCUGAGAAGAAGCUUUGCAAAUCUAAAUACAGUAAGUCAUUUGGUCGCCAUUCAGAACUUAUUGAACAUUACAGAAAAUAUACUGAAGAAAAACCAUGUGAGUGUAAUAAAUGUGGGAGGUCUGUGGACAGGAGUGGAUCUCCUACUAACCAUAAGAAAAGUCAUACUGGAGAGAAACCCUUGGAAUGUACGGGAGGGCUGAAGUCUUUUAAGUGGCACAGACAUUUAACAGAAUGCAAGAGAAUUCAUCCUGGAGAGAAACCCUUUGAAUGUAAUGACUGUGGGAAGUCCUUUACGUGGAGUGGACAGCUUACGGAACACAAAAGGAUUCAUACUGGAGAGAAACCAUUUAAAUGUAGAGAAUGUGGGAAAUCCUUUAACCGUGGGGGACACCUAAGCAGACAUAAGCGGAUCCACACUGGAGAGAAACCCUUUAAAUGUAGUGAGUGUGAGAAGUGCUUUAUCCGCAACUGGCAGCUUACCACACAUAAGAGGAUUCAUACUGGAGAAAAACCCUUUGAAUGUAGUGAGUGUGGGAAAUGCUUUAUUCAGUGUGGAGACCUCACUCGACAUAAACGAAUUCAUACCGGAGUGAAACCCUUUGAAUGUAGUCAGUGUGGAAAAUCCUUUAGCUGGAAACAAGAGCUUACUGCACAUAUGAGAAUUCACACUGGAGAAAGACCCUUUGAAUAUAACGAAUGCGGGAAGUCCUUUCGUAAUAGCACAUCCCUUAUUUUGCAUCAGAGAAUUCAUACUGGAGAGAAACCUUAUGAAUGUCUUGAAUGUGGGAAAACUUUUAGCCGAAGCAUGUACCUUACUCGCCACCAGAGAAUCCAUACUAGGGAGAGACCAUAUAAAUGUAGUGAAUGUGGAAAGGCCUUCAGUCAGAUUAUGUACCUUGCUCGGCAUCAGAAAAUUCAUACUGGAGAUAGGCCCUAUCAAUGUAGUGAAUGUGGAAAGGCCUUCAGCCAGAUUUUGUACCUCACUCGACAUCAGAGAACUCAUACUGGAGAGCGACCUUAUCAAUGUAGUGAAUGUGGAAAGGCCUUCAGUCAGAUUAUGUACCUAACUCGGCAUCAGAGAAUUCAUACUGGAGAGAGACCCUACAAAUGUAGUGAAUGUGGAAAAGCCUUCAGCAACAGCUCAUCUCUUAUCGUACAUCAGAGAAUUCAUACUGGAGAGAGACCCUAUAAGUGUGAUAUAUGUGAAAAGGCCUUCAGUCAGAGAGGACACCUUACUGAACAUCAGAAAAUUCAUAACAGGGAAAAACCCUACAAAUGCACUGAAUGUGGAAAAGCCUUUAGCCAAAUUAUGUACUUUAAUCAGCACCAGAGAAUUCAUACUGGAGAAAAACCAUAUAAAUGUAAUGAAUGUGGAAAGGCCUUUAGCAAUAGCUCAACUUUUAUUGUACAUCAUAGAAUUCAUACUGGAGAAAAACCCUAUGAAUGUCUUGAAUGUGGAAAAGCCUUCAGCAAGUGCACAGGCCUUGUUCUCCAUAAAAGAAUUCAUACUGGAGAAAAACCCUAUAAAUGUAAUGUAUGUGAAAAAACUUUUAGUCGGAGGGGUCACCUUACAGAACAUCAGAAAAUUCACAAUGGAGAGAAACCCUACAAAUGUGAUGAAUGUGGAAAAAGCUUUCGACAGAGAGGACACCUUACUGAACAUCAGAGAACUCAUACUGGGGAGAAACUCUAUAAAUGUAAUGAAUGUGGCAAAGCCUUCAGUAAUAGUUCACAGCUUACUUUACAUCACAGAAUUCAUACUGGAGAGAAGCCUUAUAAAUGUAGUGAAUGUGGCAAAGCUUUCAUUAACAGCUCAUUCCUUACUCUACAUCAAAGAAUUCAUACUGGAGAAAAACCAUAUAAAUGUAAUGAAUGUGGGCAAGCCUUCCGUCAUCCAGGAAACCUCACAGAACAUCGGAAAAUUCAUACUGGGGAGAAACCCUAUACCUGUAGUGAGUGUGGAAAAUCCUUCAGUCGUAGUAUGUACCUUACUCGCCAUGAAAGAAUCCAUAGUGGAGACAAACCCUACAAAUGUUUUGAAUGUGGAAAAGCUUUCAGCCAGGGACUAUACCUUACUCGACAUCAGAGAAUUCAUACUGGGGAAAAACCAUAUAAAUGUAAUGAAUGUGGUAAGGCCUUCAACCAGUCUGCCGGUCUUAUUCAACAUCAAAUAGUUCAUACAGUAGACAAACCCUAUAAGUGUGAUGAAUGUGGAAAAACCUUCAGUCGGCAAGGAAGUGUUAUCCAACAUCAGAGAAUUCAUACUGGAGAAAAACCCUAUGUAUGUAGUGAAUGUGGAAAAGCCUUCACCCAUAGCUCAUCCCUUGCUGUACAUCAGAGAAUUCAUAUUGGUGAGAAAUCCUAUGAAUGUAAUGAAUAAUCAACAUUUUGUUGAUUCACCCUCUCCCUGCCCCGCCUCCAAUGGGGAAAGAAAAACCUGGAAAAAACUGAAAUGCUCAAAUAUUGGGUAAUCACCGAGUCGUGACAUCAACAUAAUGGAAUAAUGAGUCUCAGAAUUUCAAAGUUGAAAGAGACUCAAGAGGCAUCCAUUCCAACAACUUCGAAAAGAUCAUCCAGCAUUUCUUUAGAUCUCCAAAAAGGGAAAACCCACUACUUCCUAGGGCAGCCCAUUCCACUAUGUGAUAGCCUCUAGUCAUUAGGAAUUUAAAAUUUUUCAUUAAAUCUAAAAUUGCCUUUUUUCAACCUCUUUCCAUUACUCCUAGUUCUACCUUCUGGGUCCAAGUAGCAGAACACAUGUAACACUUUUUCCAUGAGGUAGUCCUUUAAAUACUUGAAGAUGUCUGUCAUAUGCCCCAUAAGUCUUCUAUUCUGGACCAAAUAUUCACACUUUACUUUAGUCAGUCUUCAUAUGGCAUGGACUUAAGGCUUUUUUGAUAUCCUGACUGAC